AUGAAGGCUGUAGCCCUCUUCAUUUGCCUUGUAGGACCAGUUUUUGCUAUUUCAAUCCAUCCUGUAAACCACAACCUCAGAACUCACAGACAGAAAACUCCAGAAAAGAGUGAAUAUAUUCAUCCAGAAGCUUCAAAGGAAGAGAACACAGGGUAUGUAGACGAGGGUGAUUUGCUGCCCACUGCCAGAAACUUAAAACCAGGCUCUGAAGACAGGGAUGGGCCCCAGACCAUGAGGAAGAAAGAAAGAACUGGGAGCAAGCAUCAAGUGAAAAACAGCCUGAAAAGCAUCGAUUUCCUUGCACUGCACAAUAAACUAGGUUUGGCUUCAGAUACCCAGGACAGUGACUCUGGGAGCAGCGGCAGAGAACAGUCCAGCUCUGAGCACGACCAGCUCAGGAACCAUGAGAAACAUGGGAACACGGCAAACCAACACCUUCCAGGCCACACAGAACACCCAGGGGGUGCCUUCAGCCUUGAGCAUGAGCAUAACAUGUGGAAAUAUAACAAAAAUGCUGUUGGCCUGUCGGAAAAACACAGUGAAAGCGAUGAUGAGGAAAGCAUGGAAGAAGAGGACGAGAAAUGGGGUGAAGAAACUGAUUACAGAGACACAAAGCACAAAGACCAUCAGACACAUCAAGGUAACCAAUACAAAAGGCAGGAUCAUGAGAACAGCAUGCAAUUAGAUGAUGAACUGAGAGAUUCCAGACAACUAACCUGGAAAACCAAGAGACACAGCAAGAAAUUUGACCUAGAGGAAGAAGAGAGGGAGAACAGGAAGAAGUCCUAUAAAGAAGAAAUCCCCCUCUCUCAAAAAACCCGUAAUGAAUAUCAGGAUGGCAAACAGCAAAGUCAAGAGAGAAACUACCAUAUUCAAGUGAAGUACCAGAGUGAUCAUGACACAGUGGGGAAAACACAAGAUAGGGAAGACAGUAAUGAUGAUGACAGUCACGACAGUGGUGACAUUGGUGGUGAGGAAUAUCUCAGCAAUACCUGGAAAGAAACAGCCUAUGAGGAAGAGGAGAGAAUCCAGAGUAACGACCAGGAGAGCACCAGUACCGAGCCUGAAGGGGAAGGAACCAUUGAAGAUGACACUGCAGUUCACAGAGAGACUGAGGAUUACCAAGUUGUCAAGAUUAAACACCUUGCUCACUCUGAACAAGAUUAUUAUGAUCAUGAGCCACCCAAUUCUGACAGCAAGCAGCAACUGAAAAUGAGUAGCUCCAUUCAGAACAUGAAUUCAAUGGACAGUGAAGAUAAGGUUAAGACUACAGACAGUUCCCAUGGUCAGAUGGAAAGUGUCAGCAGCAGGAAUGAGGAGGCUCUCCUUGACACAUGUCGGAACUUCCACUGCAAAAGAGGCAAAGUUUGUCAUGCAGACAAACAAGGGAAACCCCACUGCAUUUGCCAAGAUCCUGCUGCUUGCCCUCCCACCAAAGACUAUGAGCAUGUUUGUGGUACGGAUAACAAGACUUAUGAUGGCACAUGUCAGCUCUUUGGCACCAAAUGUCAACUGGAAGGGACAAAAAUAGGACGCCAGCUGCACUUAGACUAUAUGGGCUCCUGCAAAUACAUCCCCCCCUGUACUGAUUAUGAAGUGGAUCAGUUUCCCCUCCGGAUGCGAGACUGGCUUAAGAACAUCCUUAUUCAAUUUUAUGAACGUGACCUGAACACUUCUGGGAUUCUAACUGAAAAGCAAAGGAAUAAGGUAAAAAAGAUCUAUCAGAACGACAAGCGCCUUGUGGCUGGUGACCACCCGGUUGAGCUGCUCCUGCACGACUUUGAGAAAAAUUACCACAUGUAUGUGUAUCCUGUGCACUGGCAGUUUCACCAGCUUGACCAGCACCCUGUUGACAGAUUAUUAACACACUCGGAGCUUGCACCCUUGAGAGCCUCCCUUGUUCCCAUGGAACACUGCAUAACCCGUUUCUUCCAGGAGUGCGAUGGAGACAAGGACAAACUCAUUGCUUUGAAGGAAUGGUGCCACUGCUUUGGGAUUAAGGAAGAGGACAUAAAUGAAAAUCUCCUUUUCUGA